CAAAGCGAUGGCGGCUGAGGAUACCGGGGAAGGUGUGGCUGUGGCUGCUGCAGCGAUAGCGGCGGGCGACCCCCUCUGCCCCCCCAGGGCUCUGGCUGCCGCCUCAGCUGCCUUGGCGGGCCCCGGCGUUCAGGAGGACGCUUCAUCCGCUCUGCUGGCAGAGUUCUUGAAGGACUCAAGGAAGAAGGAGAAGUUGCUGUGGAGCCAGCUGCAGAUGGUAGAUGCCCUUCAGGGGUUCCUACAGCACGUGGACAUGACUGUGAACACUGAAGAAGAAAUCCGGGCAGAAGCCAGUGCGGCCCAACAGCUCUGGAAGGACCUGAAGGCUGAGCACCAGAAGCAGGUGGAAGCUAUUGAGGCUGCCUUGCCGAAGGCCCUAGAGCAACUGGAGGCCAGCAAGAGGAAGCAGGCUUUAUUGGGGACUGCUCUGAGGCAGGCUCAGGCCAAAAGGCAGGCUUUGGAGGAGGGGAGGAACAUGGCCCAGGCCCAGCGGAGGCAAGAGCAGGAAAAGCAAAGGCAGCGCUUAGUGGCUGGAGCCCAGGCCCAGAAGGAACACCUGGAGAAUGCCAACAAACACCGGGUGCAAGUGCUGACUCUCCAGUCCGAAGAGCAGGAGAGUGCGCAGAGGCUUGGCACCUUCCUAGGACUUCUGGAGAUGCUGCAUGGUGCUGAGGGGGAUGGAACUCCAGCAAGCCUCCUGCAGUAACCCCUCCCACCUCCUCAAAGGCAGCCCUCCUCCAGCUACUUUGUAGUACUGCCCUCCUCACUGGGGGCUACCAGAGUAGAAGUUGCCUUGAAGCUCCGCUUGC